GCAACUAAUUUCUUUCAUCGUACCACUGUCGCAGUAACAAGAGGUCACCAGUUCAAACUAGAAAAGAAACGUAAAAUCUAAAUUGAGGCAGAGCGCUUUUUCACAGAGAGUAGUAAACGAAUGGAAUGGUCUCCCAUCAUAUGUAGCAGAAAGUCCAUCACUCAAUUCUUUAAAAUCAAAUCUUGAUAAGUACUGGUCACUGAAGAAGUACAAGUUUAAUCCUGAUGAACUAUUCAACUGUCCAUGUUCAUCCGUAUUCCGUAACUGCGCAACGCCAAAUUCAAGAGUAACACACUAUAGCGGACACCGAGAGCCAAAUAGGUUUUGUAUAACUUUAUGCCUACUUCCAAGGUAUGAGGUAUGAUAUACGCUUCUUCUAUAUAUAGCCUACUACAAGUCUACAAGUCCGGGUAUAUAUUUCAUACUUGGAAAAGGUCAUAUGAUUGCGUUUUUAUUUUUCCGCCCAUCGACCACAACUCAUGUGCGUGCUCCUGCUAUACGGCUGUAACAUUUUUUACGCACACAGGUAGUGGGAAAUAGUACCGUGUUGAACUUUUAGGGGACAAAUACGAGAUACCAGCGCAGUGGAGGUGCUACUGUAAGUGUAAUACUCUUGGGCGAAAACCGUAUUGGCAGGCAAAGAUGUUUGGAAUUCCACUAUCUCUCCCUACUCUGAUAGGAAUUAUAUUAAAUGUUAUUUUGCUUAAAUCUGAACCAAGCUCUGGAGUACUGACAUGCACUAGCCCCUGUCAACAAGCGGAUGCAACUGGAGCUUCAGGUAUACCUUUACCACCAUGUGUAAUAAGUACUACAAGAAGUUGUGAAACCGAUGUCACUGUACCUAUCAAUCAGGCACCUGGUCCUCCCCUCCAGGUUGGCUUAGACUCCUACUCCUCCUCCUACAUAGCAACAGAUGGGAAUAUAUACCUUGAUCUGGCCCCUCGCUGGAAGGCUUCGACAGAUCGCAUCAGCCUUUUGACUGGAUAUGAAGUUAAGGUCAUGUGUCACCGAAGUAUUUGUGCAGCGCAAUACUUCUGUGUCACAAUUUCAUUCAACAGAACAUUGACGGUUAAUGAUGCUCAGUCCGAUUUCUCAGUGACUUGCCAGAAUGGAGAUUUUGCACAACCUGACAUGGAUUACGUCACCAUUAUCCGCAGCCUACCAAACAAUGAUGAUAAUUCAAAUGAAGGAAGAUUUCUUACAAAACUUCCAAAGUGUGGACAGGAAUCAAAUUUAACUGUAUGCAACGUUGAAUCACCCGUCGAUUGGAUCCCGAAAUGGCGGCCAGACGCUACUCAAAUUAAAAAUGGUUCCGUGGUGGUGAAUUUUUGGCCUAGCAAUAAAUAUACGGUCUAUGAAGUCUGGCUUGAGAAAGUGGGAGGUAAUGAGGAAGUGGGAGGUAACAACAAUGGGCAGCAUUUAAUAACCUUCAAUACGGAAACUGAUCAUCCUCCUGUGCUUUUCGACAACGUACAAGAGGGAACUUAUAGAGCAUAUGUAUGGAUUAAUGAAGCACUGUGUGAACAAUGUCCGAUGAUUAACUCCAACAAAAACAUCAAUGUUACAGCUAUGACCCAUCCUACCACAUCAACCCAUCCUACCACAUCGACGACCCCUCCUUACCAACCUACACCCUCUUCACAUACUAGCUCCCUCAGACCGCCGAAUGUCAAAUCGGAACCCAGUCUUCCAUUGGCAGCAGUCUCUGGAGCUCUGGGAGGAGUCCUAGUCGUGGUCCUGAUCUUGUUUUUUGUCUCCCGUACCUGCAAGUGGAGCCCUGGUGUCCCCAGCAUGUUCAAGGAGACUGAGGUUGGAAGUUUUCCUACAGAGUCAGCCAUGUCUCAUCAGAACAACAUUCCAUAUAGUGACUGUGAUUCUCUGAAUGGAACCCAGUACAUCAAUCACUUCACUCCGUCGAAUGGAAUUACCAUCUACUCUGACUACCCCACCUGCGGAUUCACCAGUCCCUCCAUGGUACCAGCAACUAUUCACCAUAACAACAUGAUGGCCAAUGGAAGACUUAUGCAGGAGAGUCAGGUUUAUGCCAAUUCCAUGCCUUACAAACAAAUGGAUAGCAUCAGUAAAGUUGCGGAUAUACAUUCCCCUAUGGACGUCCAAACACCCUCUAAAAUAGAACAACCGUCAUCGCCUGACUCUGGUUUAGAGUCACUAUACUCAGAUGGGACAAUGGAGGAUGGUAGAACACUGUUCUCUUUAGCUUUAACUUCUUUGGGGGAUGAAGUGUAGUAUAAACUCAAUUCGUAUAUCAUGUUCCUUAAAGAUUGGGCUAUUUUCACUCUCAUUCUAUCAUCAGAAAAUGAAGAGUGGUGCAUUACUCAGUCAAGUUAUCUACAAAUUUGUGUUUUUCAUAAUAAAGUGGUCAACGCCAUAUCUGAACGAGGCAUAACACAGUUUAAAACGCACUUACAAUAAGGACAUAAGGGUAACAAGGACAUUUAAUGAAUCAUUUAGAGCAUUUACUAUAAAGAAAUGUGUAUUGUGAACACACUCUACAAAGUGGCUAUCAUGUACAAUCUUGAUAUAGUUUUUUGACUAUAGGGCUUCAAUGGUGCUGAUUACUGUUUUUAGAAGUACAACAGUUUAUGACAUUUUAAAAUUCAUAAGAUGUACGGUGCUAAUGAGGUCAUGUUAAAGUGCGUUUUAAACUGUGUUAUGCCUCGUUCAGAUAUGGCGCUGUAAACCAUAAUGGUUCGUUUUUUUAUGAUAAGCAUGUAAAUGUAAUAUGCUUGGCAUCUUUUAACACAUAUCUUUAGUAAAUAUACACAGGACCCUUUUUUGCACUCAGUUGCUACAAAUUUAUCUACAAUACAAAAAAACAACUGACGGUUUAAUGCUUUAUAUCUAGACGUGCUUUUAAGGCAUAUCAGGGAUUUUUGCGAUAUGAGAAUGUGGGGGAUAGAAGUGUGUGGGAGGACAUGUGGCGAGUGAGUGUGUGUGGAUGUGCGUGUGUGAAGGAGGAUGUGUGAGUGUGCUUGAGAGGAUGAGGGACUCAAUGAUUUGGGAUUUGCAUCAAACAAGGUCCAUAAUUAUCAUGUUGUAAUAUCAGCAAUAUAGACAUGGAUUCGUUUACACACAAGGAAAUUGAUGGUUCAUUGUAAAUGGAGAGAUUCCUAUAAAAAUAGUGGAAAGAGCGCCAUCUGGUGCAGACAUCUCUUCCACAUUGAUACUGUUCCAAGAUACUAUUCCAUUCAGCUGUCGUGUAGUUAUAGUAUAGUAUAGUUUUUUGUUGUUAAUGUAAAUUUGAAUUUUAUUGCUGAGUUUUAUUGCCGAGUGAAAAUCAAACUAUACAACUAUGAAUAGAAUUUGUACACAUUGUGUACACAUGCAUCAAUAAGGUUUGUUUGUAGUUUUCAAACAACAUUUUCUCGUCUUUAUAUAAAAUUGCAAUAAGCAACCUUUUAAAUAGUACCUUGAUGCACAUCAAAGUUUAUUUUAAUGUGAAAAAAGAUGUAUAAUAAAUUAAAAGCUUAUUGGAAAAUACCUUGUGUGUACCAAAAGUUGUUUAACCUUAAUUAUGAUUUAUGAGAUUUAUGUAUAAACAACAAUUUUUAUCUUAGUAAAAAUUGCACUUUGAUUUAUUUCUGACGAUGCCUUUUACCUUUAUAAAACUGAAGUAGUAAUUCAUUUGAUUGUUAAAUUGUUUACUAUAUGUGAGUGGAUUCUCACUGUUUUUAUGGUAUGCAAUCAAAUCUGUUCACUUACUAUAUAAACCUAAUCAUAUUUCCUCCCCAUUUACUUGUUCAAUUGAUACGAUUUUCAAGAUAUUCCAACACAAGUUAUUAUUCAAGUCAUUUGAUCUUUUCAGAUUAAUGAAUCACGAGGCUGUGUAGAAAGUUGAUUAUGCUCAUAAGUAGAAAUGUGUUGGUGGUUUAUUAGUUGAAGAGGCAGACAAUGAGGCCUAUGUUAUGUGCAUUUCAAUAACACGCAGUAUUUAUAUAUAGAUUUUAGGUGAUUUUUUUUCAACUGUUAAAAAUUAUCAACAAAAGUGAGAGCAGAACAGACAGAAAUCAUUGACAUGAUUGAAGAAAAGGGGAAAAGGGAAACAUUAUAUGAAUUGGUUCAACAGAAUGAUAUUAAUGUACAUCAUGAGCCAAAUUAUUGAUAACUAACAUUUCCUUUUCGGACCUGAUAGCACAAGAUAUAGGCGGAAAUAUGCACUGACGUAUGAGGAAGUAAAAUUCCUUUUUUCUCGGUUAUUGUUUAUUGCAUGAUUAGUGGUUAGUGUUGUUACUUUUAUACUUUAUAUUUUUAUAUCUUUAAUAAAGAACGAUGAAGACUGUAA